AGAUGUCCAUAUGGAAAUCGAUGCAUUUCUUGGUAGAUAAUUAAACAGAGUUCAGACGAGGCAGCAAUCAGUUUGGUAUACUGUAUGAAUCCUUGGCAAGCCAUUUAAUCUGUGCACUGUUGGUAGAACAUUUGAAGACUGUAAAUUUCUCUGGUAAAAGAAAUGUGCAUGCAAAGGUAAUUUUGAUGCUUGAUUUCUUGAGAAAAAUCGUGAGGAACAGAGCAAACAAUUUGCUUUUGCCAUGGCACCACAAGGUAGUGUUGCUUUCAUGAUUGGUUCUUUCCUGCCCCACAAAAUCUCCCAUAUUGAUUAACUGGAGCUGACAAAGCAUGAAGAAUUCUUAUAAUGGCAGAAGUGUAGAUCACUUUUGUCUUAAAGAGCAGCUUAUCUGCAGGCGAUUUCUACGCCCUGAGACCUAAUUGGGUAGGUCCACUGGUGAGUAGUAUUUGUAGUUACUUUCCAUGAGCUGUUAUGGUACUAGCGCUGCUGCCAAGUUCUGCUUCUCAUGGAGGAAACAACACAAACGUAUAAUGCGUAUGGUAUCUCUCAACUCCUAGAGUUGAAGAGUCUACUCCAUUUCCAUGUGUGUAAGGAAUACUUACCUACCCUGCACUAUUAUCACCUUGAUUCAUGUAAUUGCUUUGGCUAUUUUGUUUUCUUCGCCACAAAGGUUGAACAAAUUAUAAGCAACAACGGUGAGGGUAACUUGGUAUAGUAUUUAGUCUCUGCAGUACAUUUUUUCCCUUUAUUAAGCAAGUUCCCUGGUAAGGGGGUGUGGGAUGUAUUUUCCAACAUGUGCGAAUCGGCGAGACUUCAUGUUCAUGUGUGCUGGAUUUCAAUCCUUAUGCGGAAGCUCUACAUAUGCAAGGUACGGCUCGUAACCGACAAGGUAACAAAUAAACCUAGAGGAUAUGCAUUCGUAGAGUAUGCACACACUCGGGACAUGAAAAGUGCUUAUAAGCAAGCUGAUGGGAGAAAAGUGGAUAACAAAAGGGUGCUUGUUGACGUAGAGCGUGGUAGAACUGUUCCAAAUUGGCGUCCUAGGAGAUUGGGUGGUGGACUUGGAUCAAGCAGGAUUGGUGGUGAAGAUGCUGCCCAGAAGCAUUCUGCUAGAGAGCAACAGAACGCUGCUGGGCGACCCAGAUCAGAAGAGCCUAGGAGGGAUGAUCGUCCUGCAGAUCGGGAUCGUGAGAAAUCUCGUGAUAGGGUACGGGAAAGAGAUCGUGACGAGAAAACUCGUGAACGCUCACAUGACAGGACCCGUGAUCGUGAUCCAAGGGAAGAUAGGCACCACCAUAGAGAUCGUGAGAGAACUCGUGAUAGGGACCGAGAACGGGACCAGGAGAGAGACCGUGGGCGUGACCGGCGUGAUAGGGAUAGCCAAAUUUCAUAA